CUUGAGGCUUCAUAUUUGACAUGCAUACAUGAAAUCUACAUUUAUUUAUUAAUGCUUUAAGAACAUUAAUGAAAUAUUAGUUCUUAACAGAAAAUUACCAUGAAAUCUUAAUAGAUUUCCUGGCUGAAAAUGUGUAUACAUGGAAGAAAUUGAGUUAAAAAUGUAAAUGAUACACAUUUAAAUCUCAAAUGUGACCCUAGACCACAAAACCAGUCAUACUUGUUGUGUUGUUUUUUUUUUUUUUUUUUCAUUUACAUAAGCUUUCCAUUGAUGUAUAGUUUGUUAGGAUGUAAGAAAAUAUGGCUUUCAAUUAUUUGAAAAUAUGGAAUCUGAGGGUGCUAAAAAAUUAAAUACUAAGAAAAUUGCCAUUGAAGUUCUUAGCGAUGCAUAUUACUAAUUAAAAUGAUUUUGAGAUAAUUGCGGUAGGAAAUUGACAAAAUCUCUUAAUAGAACACGAUUUUUACUUAAUAUCCUAAUGAUUUUUGGCAUAAAGGAAAAAUAGAUCCCAUACAAUUUAUUGUUGGGCAUUGCUACAAAUAUACCAGUGCUACUUAUGACUGGUUUUGUGGUCCAGGGUCAUAUGAUGGUAAUGCAUAAACAAAUACAAAAGACAAAAUUCGUUUUUCAACUGCAAAGAACAACGAGCUGUACGUCUAUAAAGUAGCUAAAUGAUACAUUUUAUGUUUUGGUAAUGUUACAUAGCAUAUCCUACAAAAUGUAUAUAAAUUACAUGUUUUAAAUACGUUUCGCUGAUCUGAAAAGCACUCUUUCCUGCUAGCGUCACAGCGUAAAUGCGAUGCGUGGUUGUUAUGGAGACCAGUUUGUUAUGGAGGCGUGAGGAAUUUAACUGUUAGCUGUGCUCGUUUCUGUCUUUUGAGGUAAAUAACAUUAUUAGUUCUCCUCAUAAAAGUAAAUUGGGUGACUUUUCACGUAGCAGUAAGUGCAGGCAUGGAGAAAUCUGAUAUGAUAAAUUUCAGUUCUCUUGAAAAAGAGCUACAAGCGGCGCUGGAAGCGGACAGGAAGUAUCAGAGGGAAAAUGAUGCCAAAUUUCGCGCUUUGAACCAAAACGUAGCCAGUUAUGAAGAAUUCAGGGAUAUAGUACUUGCAUCUCAUUUAAAGCCCCUUGACAGAAAGGACAUUUCUGGUGCGCCUCGAAAGCAGCCGUGGAAUCCAAUUGCUUUUGACUCAAAACGUGAAAGUCCUUUAUCUGAGGAGGUCCAGCCACAGUUAUCUGAGAUCAAACCAAGAAGUGCAUCAGAAUUCAUCCGUGACUGGCGCAGGUUUGCAGGAAGCUCAUUGGAAAAGUACAGUCUCCUUGUGAGUCUGGGAGGCAAGGCUCUGCAGGAAAUCUUCAGAACUGAAGUUGGCCUUGGUCUCCUAGGCGACUUCCUUCUGAUUCUGUCACAAUGUCUUAAAUCAGGGGAUGAGGAAAUAGUGAUUGGCGUGCUGGACGGUUUUUCCAGAACUGGACGUUUUGGCCUUAAUCUGUCCCUACUUAGUCAGACGGAACAAAAAGCCUGUGAGGAGCUUUUCCACAAGCUGCAAGUUGCAGUUGGUGAUUCUUCUGACAUAAAACUGAAAGCAUUAAUGGGAAAAUAUGGGAUCCAAAAAUAG